CCUCAAUCUCAUUGCCAUUGCAGAUAAGAAAGAGUUUCUUCUCACUUCACCGCCUCAAACCAUUCCCUUCAUAUUCUCUCUCUUUCUUGUCUCUGAUAACAACUAAUAACAGUGUAGUUUAGUAGCAUCAUCAUUCAUCAGGACAGAGAAAAACAGAGUCCUCUGUAGUGUUGUGUUCUGUUUCCUGCUCUCUCAGGUCACUCACAGUCACAGGCUCACCUUUGUUUGGAUUAGCUGAUAUUUGAAAAAUGCAGCAACAGCACCUGAUGCAGAUGCAGCCUAUGAUGGCAGCUUACUAUCCCAACAACGUCACCACUGAUCAUAUUCAACAGUACCUGGAUGAAAACAAGUCCUUGAUACUCAAGAUUGUUGAAAGCCAGAACUCUGGCAAACUCACCGAAUGUGCCGAGAACCAAUCAAGGCUGCAGAGAAACCUCAUGUACCUAGCUGCAAUAGCUGAUUCUCAACCCCAACCACCUACCAUGCCUGGUCAGUAUCCUUCAAGUGGAAUGAUGCAGCAGGGAGGGCACUACAUGCAGGCUCAACAAGCUCAACAGAUGACACAGCAGCAACUAAUGGCAGCACGUUCCUCCCUAUUGUAUGCUCAACAACUUCAACAGCAACAUGCUUUGCAAAGCCAGCUUGGUAUGAAUUCCAGUGGAAGUCAAGGUCUUCACAUGAUGCAUAAUGAAGGCACUACUAAUGUAGGAGGUUUUCCUGACUUCGGUCGCCUCUCGACCGGGGACGGUAUGCACGGUAGUGGGAAGCAAGACAUUGGAAGCGCGGGCGAUGGACGCGGCGGAAGCUCUAGUGGUCACUCGGGCGACGGCGGCGAAACCCUUUACCUGAAAUCUUCGGGUGAUGGGAAUUAAGGAAGUAAUGAUAAGAUUAAUUAGGUAAAUGCCUUUUAGUUAGGAGAAUUAUUAGGCAAUUAAUGAAGGAUAAACUUGGUUGUUAGGGUUAAUUAAGAUGUUAUGUUUUGUUUGUUUUAUGUUUUUAAUUAAAAGACAAUGUUUCAAAACAUUGCCUAAUGCCUAUGUUUGUGUACUAGUACUAGUAACUUUAUGCAUGUUCUGUUUUCUUGUGUAAAGGUUAACAAUUUUUCUUC